AUGUACGCCCCGGCGACAGAGGCCUUCAAGAUGGCGGGCGCACUGAGCCCGGUGGACCAGCUGCAGCUGCCGAGCUGCACGGAGCAAGACUUCCAAGAAGCUCUGGCGGCGAUCAAGACCACCGACGCUAUUAUGGACGAAGGCAUCUUCGAUGAAUUGAAACGCUACAGUGCGUAUAAAUAUCUCAGUCACAAGAAGCAUCAAGAACUUCAUCAGCGGUCGCUUCUCAGCCAUGCGGCUUCCGUGCCUAUGCCCUCUUUCGCGCCUUCGUCGUCGCCUUCCUCAGAACGCUCUUCCGCACUGUCGGGAGAUAGCAACGACGUCGGCGGGACUCCACAACCGAGAGACUGGGGACAGAGGGGACAGUCUCUGUGUGGGGUGAGGGGCGAGGUGACAGCUGCCCAGGCGGGCCGCCAGACCCCACAGAGACAGAGCGUCGUCCUAGAUAUUUCCACGCCCGAAGAUUUCGGCUGCAUACGCAAGAUCAAUCACGAAGCCUGCAAUUUGCUAGCAAACAGCUACGAAGGCUACGCGUGGAUGUGCCAGGUUGCGGCGAAGCUGGCAGAGACUCUUGAAGUGUCUGUACACCCGAGCCCCGGCCGAGGCGGCCAUGCCGGCGCGUUGGCCUCGGCUGCUUCUCUCCCUUCUUCUAUCGCGCAUGCUGAGUGCCGCGGCGAAGGCGCCGAGAACGGCGAGGCCGCGCAGUCUUCGUCUGUGCCUGCAGGCGAUGGUGCAGGUGUCUCCGUUCUCCUGCAUGCGCUGUGUGACUUCUUAACGAUGAAGUACGAUUCGACGGUCACGCGGAAGAACCUCCUGGACGACAGAUCCACGCACGGCAGCUGGAAUCCCCCGGCGUUCUACUGGCAACUCUUCAAAGACGAAAGCGAGGAGCUUUACUCAGCCAGUCUCUCUCACACCUUCGCGCUCUUUCUCCACGCCGAGAAUGCCUUUUUCUACGCGCUCGCAUUGCUGGUGUUCAUCGCGUCAUGGCGGCCGGAUCUCCGCGGAUGUCGUCGCCUCGCGCAGUUCCUCACGCGCGCAGUGAUGACGGAGCCGCGACUGCCUUCGCCUUCUCACCUGAGGGCCGAGGCGUCGAAGGAGGCGUUGCCGGGAGAGCAAGCGGAGGCGGGCGAAAAGAAGCGCACCCUGCGUGGCCAGCAACGGCUCGAGAGACUUCAGGAGUUGAAGGAAGAGAAACAGGGACUGCAAAUUCUUCUUCAGCAACUCCAGCAACAAGCCGAGCAGCACGCCUCCAUGUCUUCUUGUGCGUCUUCCUGUGCUUCGUUCUCGGCCUCUGCGGCGGCUUCGAUGUCCACGGAGAAAGGGGCGGGGAGGGACGUGGAGAUGGAACCCUCGGCGAAGAUGAAAAAGAUUUCUCAGCAACAAGCAGAGGCUGAACAGCAACUCCUCAAGGUCGUGAAGGAGACAGAGGAGCUGGAGACGACGUUCUCAGUCGAUGCUCUGGAAGGUCUCCAAGAUUCCGCCGGAAACGCCUUCAAUGCAGCGGCUUCUGGCGGCGUGCAGAGACAGCGCGAGGUGUCCGCCGCUCAGCUGUAUCUGCUCAUGACAAACUUAAACCAGUACCCGCAGCUCGACGAACUCUUUCGGAGUGUGACGCGUUCUAUCUUUGUGGGCUCAGACGUUCGGCUGUCGCCGUACGACGCAUGCGAGUUGUGCGAUUUGUUGCACCGUUGCAUGCGGCCGUUCGAGUCGAUGAAGACGCUGCUGUACGAGCGGAGAGACGAGACGGCGCUCUCGGCCUUCUUCACGGACAACUUCGAGCGAGAGAGGGACUUCUUCGACGCGUCGCAGAGUCUUGAAGACGUGCCGUGCGAAGCGGGCGCACUCGCGUGGGAAAGGGAGAUGAGCCGCGAAGGCCGACAGAAGAAAAAGAGACGUGGGGGGGCCGAGCAGGCAGCAGAGACGGGAAGUUCGCAAGGCAUUCCAGAGUUCGGUGGAGAGCUUUCUGGAAGACAGGGCGUAGGCGAUGGCAAAGGAAAAUCUCUGUGUCCCGCGGCGUUUGAACACGGACCGGAAGACUUGGAGGCAGAAGUCCAGUCGCUCACCUCUUCGCUCUCGAGGUCCUCCGUGAGUUCUCCGUCGGCUGUCUCUUCUCGCCACUCGGAUGCGAAUGCCAGCGAAGUGUCUUCUUUCUCGUCCUCCGUUUCGUCCGCUUCGUCCGCCGCGUCGUCUCUGUCCUCGUCGGUUUCUUCCCUCUCUUCUCUCUCUUCUUCUCUCUCUUCUUCUCUCUCUUCGGCCCAGCCGUUCGCGUUCCGUGGCGGCGAACCAGAGCGACGCAGACACCCGCACGCGGUUCUGGGCUCGUCGUUUAUUCUGCCUGCCUCGCCCCGCCGCCCCGUCUCGGGGGGGUUGGGGAAAAGUUCCACUCCGCAGUCUGGCUUCCGCGGGCACGGCGCAGAGUCUUCUGGGCAGCGUGGAGACGUUUUUGAGCCUCGCGGGGAGGACGCAGACGCGCAGAGAGCGGAGGGAGGAAGCGACGGAGAGAGCGAGGUCAGCAGCGCGAGCAGCUCCAUGGCAUCCGACGGGAGCGCGUCGGGCGUCGGGUCUGCGAGCGGCGUUUCGAGCGUUCUAUCGUCUUCUCUCUCUUCUGCGUCUUCUGCGAACAGGCAGAGUGCGCAGACGCCGUGGGGAUCCCACCCAGGUUUCGGCGCGGGUGUGGGAAAAGGGAAGGUUUUUGGGGCCGUGCCGCCACAGGGUUUUCCCCGGCAUGAAGCCGGCGAGGUGCGGCGAGCGGCGCCGGCCUGGGGCAUCCGUGAAAACGUGGAAGACACCAGCCAGGUGUCUGUACACCCGACGGCCCGGAACGAGGCGCUCAGGCCGAGGGAAGACGUGGGAGACAGCGGCGGCGCGUUUCCAGCGGACUCGGCUUUCAGCGACGGCGCCGAGGCCGACUCCGAGAUGGACGCGUCCCACGUCGAAAGCGAGGCCUUCGGCGCAGCGGAAGGCAGCGUCUGCGGGUCUGACCCCGUUUUCGGGAGAGGAAAAGGCAAGGCUUUCGAAGGCGCGAUGGGUGCCGAGGCGCGCGAAACGGAGCAAGACCGCGACAAUCGACUCUAUGGCCACGGCAAGCACGUCGCGAGGGGCUACGUCGAACUCGGAGAAGCUCGGGUCGAAGACGAGCGGGCCGUCAGACGAGCAGACGUCCUCGAUCUUCCCUCCGCGUCGCAGUACGGAACCUGCCGCGCCAGAGACUUUGAGUACCAGCGCCUCCGGAAAUCGCCGGCAGCUCCCCCUCUGGAGGCUCUUCGCGAGACAGCGUUGAUCGACAGUUUGCUCGAGGAUUUCGUCAACGCUCAGGUGUCGCUGGAGACGAGCGGAGGGGCGUUUCCGGCGUAUUCAUCGCUUUCUUUCGAUUUUUCGGAGGACGGACGCGAAGAGUCGCGCGAAAAAGACGGCCAGGAAGACUCGGCGCAGAGGGCCCUCAGUCCCUCCGCGUCGGGUCUUCCUGCGCAUGCGAGCGCCGGACCGCGGUAUCUGAAAUACGUGAACCUUCUCGUGAUGCUCUGCGUGCUCUGCGCGUACGAGCUGACGCACCGCUGGUGGGAGGAGAGGAAGGAGGCGAAGCGCCGCCGGAGGGAAGCGGCCAACCGAGGUGUACAUGCACCGGGAGAAGACGGGCUGACUCGAGAUGCGUGGCAAUUCUACGACGACGAGGAAGAAGAAGGCGGCGCCGAGGAGGCAGAUGACGACGAAGGGGAGGAAGAAGAGGAGGAAGACGAAGAGGAUGGAGAGGAAGAAGAGGAAGAGGAUGAAGAGGAAGAAGAGGAAGAGGAUGAAGAGGAAGAGGAUGAAGAAGAGGAUGAAGAGGAAGAAGAAGACGCGCAACAGCAUCUUCGCGUGGAAAGCCAAUCCGAAGUCGAGUCGUUUUCUCCGUCCCAUCAGGCGGGGCCCGCAGCCCCCAGUGACGAGCUGCUCUGGGGUGUACGUACAGCUGGCGUGUCGGCGCCUGGUCGGCAGCUCGGCGAGGCAGGAUGGGCGUCUCCGCGAGAAAAACUCAGAAAGAAGCGGCAGGCGGAGGCGCAGGGAGAGCAUUCCUUGCCUGCAGAGCGUGGGCCGAUCGAGAGCGUGCAGAAACCAGAAAGGGAAGAACGACAGGAAGCCUCAGCGCGGUGGGGCAUGGAAGAUCUCUUUGAAGAACCAGAGCACCAUCCACCAGAUGACAAUGAGAGUGAGAGCAGCGACUCGACCGGCAGCAGCCUUGCCAGCAGCGUUGGCGGCUCUUCCCUCUCGCCUCCGCACCCCUCUUCUUCGUCUCUUUCUUCGCGUCCUUCUUCUCUUUCUUCUUCGACAGUGUCUCUCUCUCCUGCGAGGGAGCGAGAGAGAGACCGAGAAGAACGGGCAGCUGGCCAGACCGCACGCGGCGGGGUAGGGCGAGAACGGAGUGACACGAACGUGUCUCUCCCCACAGAGUCGCCGGCAGGAACUUUAGAUGCGCUUUCGCACCCGACUGCUGUCUCUGUGGCGCCUCCCGCCCCCGGACAUCUCUCAGCGAAACAGUUUUCUCACGAUCCUCGACACACAUCUCCUUUCCCUCUUUCCUCUUCUUCGUCUUCUUCCUCUUCCUCUGCUUCGUCUUCUGAGCCUUCCUCUCCUUCUUCCGUUCCUGCGCGAGGUGAAGCGAGAGGCGGAGACGGACCAGCCGAGAGGGGAUCUGGCGAGUCGGGCCCAGAGGCUAGUCCGCCGACUGCGUCUGCUGCGUCUCCAAAAGGGGUGAGGCCCAAGAAAGGCAGCGCAUGCAGCAGAGUCUCUCGCGCGUCCUCCGCGGUGAAGAAGGCGCUGACGGCCGACGCGAGCUCGCGCGUCUCGGUACGAAAGAGGCGCCGCGAAGAGACAGCUGGACAGGGCGGUCUGGGCGUCGGAGCCGGCAAAGGCGACGGAUGCACGUGGGCGGAGACCGUCGACUCGGGCAGUGAAAUCAAGAGCACGGUGACAAGCAAAAUUUACAGAAACGUUCACACCCGCAGCAAGCUGGGAAGAGGCAGGCACUUGAGUCUUCUCUCUGCCGAGUUGAUUCAGGCGAAAUUCGAAGAAUUUCGAUCGAGUGUCGAACGCUACAAAUCCAUCGCCCGCAACGAACUCGUCCAGAUCUACCGCAUUUGUAGGGAUCCGAAGGUUUCCUUCGACUUCAAGGUUUUCCGUUUUUUGUCGUUGGUCAGCACGAACCUCGCCGCGUCGGCAGUUCUCAAGUUCCUCAACCUCUCGCUUUUUCCGGGCCAGGCCGCGAGCGCGCUGGGGAACCCCUGUCUCCUGUCUCCCUUCUCCGUCUCGCGCCUCUCGCCCUUUGCUUCCGACGGCCUCGCCCUCGCAGAUCGACGCACGCCGCGGGCGGGCGACCUCGAACGGCGCGACGCGUUCGUCUUCGAGGAGGCAGAACACGCGGAAGAGACGCGGCAAAACGUAGCUGAUCCUCUGCUCCUCGUCUCUGACGGACUCCUCCUUCUCCUCAAAGUCGUCGUCGACAGGCAUGCCGUGAAACGCAUCCCCACCAUCGACCUCCUAGGCCGCGCGUUGAUCGCUGGUGCACGGCAGGAACAGAAGUCUCUCGCGCUCGCUGAGCAGCACAUGGAGCACGAGCGGCUCGACCGUUCUCUCUGGCGGUUUUUCCUCUCGGAACUCCUCAGGCACUGCGGGCCGCCGUUCUCGUCCUCCUUCUGUCUCCCUGUCCUGCAACUCCUUGUUCAAACAAUUCACACCCAGGGUCAGUGGCUACAGAGAGCUACGAAGGAACCCGACAGCCGACGGCUGCGCAUGCUCAUCGAGCGUUUCAUCGAAGAAUCUUCUUCGUUCUGCGACGCGCCGAGGGAACCACCACCGGAGGUGGUCCAUCUUUGCCAGUUGCUUGCUCGCAAACUGCAGAGCGUGGAUGCUUUAUCCCCCCAGGAGUGA